AUGUGCACUGAGCAGCAGCUGGAGAUGGAGAUCCGGCUCUUGGAACAGCAGCUGGCCAAUGCCGAUGGCUUCCAGGAGCCGCAUGUCCUCCCAGAUUCGGAGGAGGCACGUCCACCCGCGACACCGCCCCGGAUUGAGGUGAAGCUUGACCCGAGCGCCUUUGUGUCUGAUUACGCGCACCUCACCCGCAGCGAGUACAUCAAGCUCAAGGCGCAGCGCCGGGACGCGGCUUUGGCCAUCCAGACGCAGAUCAAGGUCUUCCUGGUGCGGCGCUACAUGUGCGUGGCCCGGCGGGUGCCCUCGCUGCGGAGGAUCCAGGCCUCCUGCCGCUGCUUCCUGGCGCAGGCGGAGAUGAAGGAGCGCAGGAUGAAUCAGCAGCUGAAGUUUGUGCUUCUCAUGACCCAGCUGCAGGCGAAGAUCCGCCUGCGGCUGAAGCGGAAGCGGAUGGAAAAGCAGCGGCAGCAAGACGAGGAGGAGCGGCUGUGGCAUGCUGCGCUGCGAAAGCUGCAGGGCGAAGCGGCGGUGAAGGUGGCCUCGAAAUGCCGGAGCUUCUUGGCCGGCGCUCUGCUGGCCGCCGGGCGGACACCGCAGAGUGUCAAGGAGAUCCAGCGCAUGUGCCGCGUCCACUUCGCGAGGGUCCACUUGGUUCAGCGCAGGAUGCUCCACGGCGCCGCGCGGCGCGUGCAGCUGGCCUGCCAGGUCCACUUGAGCCGGCGGCAGGUUCUGGAUCAGCUCGCCCUCGUGCGCGAGCAGGAGCGUCUUCGGAUCCGUGCGGUGCUGCGAUUGCAGACCUUGCUGAAAGGCAUGCGAGCGCGGCAAGAGCUGCAUCACCUGCGGGUCCUGAAUGAUGAGGCCGAGCGCCGCCGCAGGCGCUUGGAAGAGGAGCGCGGGCCGGAGGCGCGUCUCAGAGGAGAAGUGAGCCCCAUGAAGCAAACCUCAUCACAGACCCAAGCGGGAAACUCCGAAGCGAUGGUGGCCAGCCAUGGCCUCGUCUUCGGCAGAGGCUCGGCGAUGAAAGCGCUGGCCUGGUCGCUGCCGGCCUCUGCGCUCACGGUGCUGUUGCACCAGUGGCUGGACGCGGACCUGGGGCAGCAGUUGGAGGGCUGUGAGAUGAUUUGGCUGGGCUUCAGCGUUGUGCUUGGGGUUCUGGUCGCUUUACGCAGCUACCACGCCUACACGCAUUUCUGCGAGAGGGCGUCGACUCUCCACCAGGUCAGCAAUGAAUGGGGCAUCGCCUUGACCAAGCUAUUGUCUUUCUGCAAUUGCGCGGUCGGCACCCGUCCGGCUGUCUUGCAGCUUCAGCAUCUCCUGACGCGGCUGAUGAGUCUUCUGCACAGCACCGCGCUGGCGCAGUGCUGCGGCCUGGAAGACGGCGUGUUGGAAGUUCUGGAUUUGAGCUGCAUCAACAAGGAAAGCUUAGCGCAGCUGAAGAAUACCUCGGACCAGUGUGAGACGCUGCUCCUUUGGUUGGAGCGAUGCAUCCUGGAGGCGGAGCGCCAGAAGGUGCUGGACGUGCCUGCACCCAUAUUAUCUAGUGCCCUUCAGCAGCUGUCCCAUGGAAUGCUGGGUGUUUUGAACUUCCGAAGCAGAAGCGAGAUCCAGCUCCCAGGGCUCUUUUGGCAGGUCUUGUCCUUUGGGCUCACGGCCCACUGGCUGUUGACGCCGGUGGCCAGUCAGCUGCUGCGGCCCUGGCUGGCGGGCAUCAUCAUUUUUGCAGUUGAGACUGCGUACUUCACCCUCUUCUACCUUGCUCAGGAGCUGGACGUAGGGGACAGCCAUUUGCCGCACAAUAUGCAAAAGCAGUUCAACGAGAAGCUGCAGCGCUUGACGUUGCCGCAGUCCCAUGCCUUUCCAGACUUCAAGAAGCUCCUGGACCCCGAGCCGAUGGCAUCGCCGCCGUCCUUGCACAGCUACUUCCUGGACCAGGACGCUUCAUCAUCCCUGCCGCCAUCUGUGCGGCCGUCCGUGGUGCCAUCCACGCCGCCAUCCCAGCCACCAUCGCAGCCGCUGUCCGGGGGGGCUAUGCCCUCCCUCGAACUGGACCUCACAGAGGACUGCACAGACACAGAGCAUGACACCGUGCUGUUGGCAGACGAGCUGACCUUGUAUGAGAUACAGGAGUGGUUGAUGCAGCUGCACGACGGCAUGACGCAGAUGGACCAGGACUUGCUGGAUGCUUUACAGGAAGCGCAGGUGCUGCCUGACAGAUGGCCCAUCCAUCCUGAACACGGCAUAUCAGUACCCUCACUGGCCGGGAGGCUACAGGACUUCUUACAAGAUGAGCGCACGGAUCCAGAGAUUCGGCAGAGACUGUGCUGGUCAAUCCGCAGCGCAGAGCCCAUUCAGCGGGUGCAAGCCUUAAAACCCCCGCUGCCGAGCUGCGUCCGGCUCAAAGCAGUCGAGCUCAACGCGGAUCCGCCCGAGCGCCAAGCAGAGCCGAUGAUCGAGUAUAAGCAUGGCACCUGGGGGAUGGCCGUCUUGGCUCGGCGCCGCGGCUCUGUGAUCCCCAAGGCCUUGGUUUGGUCCUUACCUUGUGCCCUGAUCACCGUGCUGCUGCACAGCUUUUGGGACACGGAGAAAGGCGAGGCCAACCGCGAGAUGGAGGGCAUCACCACGAUUUGGUCCAGCUUCACUUUCGUGCUUGGCUUCCUCAUCGUCUUCAGGAGCAACCAGGCCUACUCACGAUUUUGGGAGAGCGUGACCUUGUUCCAGCAGACCAGCGGAGAGUGGACCAGCGCACUCAGCAACUUGCUGUCUUUCUGCAGGGCAGAGGCGGAGUACAAGGACGACGUGGAGAAGUUCCGACAGUAUUUGAUUCGCCUGCUGAGCCUUCUGCACUGCAAUGCGCUUCAGACCAUGUGUGAGCUAGAUGACGACUCCCUGGAGAUCUUGAACCUGAACGGCAUCAGCGAGAGGAGCUUGCAGCAUUUGAGCCGCAGCCCUGACAGAUGCGAGACGGUCCUGCUGUGGAUAGAGCGCCUGAUCAUCGAAGCCAACAACAAAGAAUUGUUCGACGUGCCGCCGCCCAUCCUCUCCCGUGCCUUCCAAGAGCUCUCUCGCGGCAUGGUGGGCGUCACCAACGUGCGCAAGAUCCGCAUGAUUCCGUUUCCAUUUCCGUAUUCGCAGUACUUGUCCCUGAUGCUGAUCGCGCACUGGAUCCUCACCCCAUUUGUUGCGAGCCAACUGGUUUUGAAGGCUUGGUGGGCGGGAAUCAUCGUGUUUGUGGUUUCCACGUCCUUCUGGACGCUGUUCUACAUCGCCCAGGAGAUCGAUCAACCCUUCGGGGAAGAUGCCAAUGACCUCCCGGUCCGCGACAUGCAGAAGGAGUUCAACAUGAAGCUGGAAUACUUUGUGAAGCCCCUCUCCUUCACUCUCCCCGACUACACCUUCACUGCGGAGCGGCUUCCCGUCCAGGUGCUGAGCUCAAGCACCUUCAAGCUGGACGGGAGCCUCUCACUCGGGGAGCCUUCUGAAGAGCUGCUGAGCCCGCGUCCGGAGAUACAUGUGGCCAGCUUCGAGCAGCCCGACGAUGCCACGCUUGCGGCCGAGCUCUGUUUGAAGGAGCUGCGCUUGCUGAUCCGGGAUUUGGUGCCUCACGGGGAGGAGGUGUGGGAGGAAUUGGAGGAGCGGCAGAUUGUGCGAUCGCCGCUCUCGACGAGCCGCCGCAACCCCCCCGACGAUCCGCCGGAGCGGAUAUCCCCCCGCCAGCUUCUGGUUCGGCUGGACGACUUCUUAGCAAGGCACGGAAGGUCCGAUCUCGACUUCGUGCAGAUACGACUUCUUCGCGCUGUGCUGUCUGACCGGCUGCAGAGACUGAAACGGAUAUGA